AUGGUAGAUGCUUUCCUUCCCAGUCUGAAUAUGACUGCGCAGACUUCCCCAGCAGAGAAGGGCCUGAACCCUGGGCUGUUGUGCCAGGAGAGUUACACCUGCAGCGGGACUGACGAAGCCGUCUUCGAGUGUGACGAGUGCUGCAGCCUGCAGUGUCUCCGCUGCGAGGAGGAGCUCCAGAGGCAGAAGCGCCUGAGAAACCAUGAGCGGAUCAGACUCAAAGCUGGCCACGUCCCUUACUGCGACCCCUGCAAGGGCCCCAGUGGGCAUUCUCCAGGUAUGAAGCAGAGGGCAGACGUGAGGUGCCAGACCAGUAAAAUCAACUUGUGCCUGGAGUGCCAGAAGAGGACUCAUUCCGGGGGUAACAAAAGGAGGCACCCUAUUACUGUGUACCAUGUGGCUAAGGUCCAGGAGUUGCUGGAGGAAGAAGGGAUGGAUGAGGACACCAAAAGGAAGAAGAUGACUGAGAAGGUUGUGAGUUUCCUCCUAGUAGAUGAGAAUGAAGAAAUUCAGGCAACGAAUGAAGAGGACUUUAUUAGGAAAUUGGACUGCAAACCCGAUCAGCAUCUGAGAGUGGUUUCCAUUUUUGGAAAUACUGGGGAUGAGAAGUCUCAUACCCUCAACCACACUUUCUUUUGUGGCCGGGAAGUCUUCAAAACUUCCCCUGCCCAGGAGUCCUGCACUGUGGGAGUGUGGGCAGCAUAUGACCCAGUCCACAAAGUAGCAGUGAUAGACACAGAAGGGCUCUUGGGGGCUACAGUGAAUCUAAGCCAGAGAACACGGCUGCUGCUUAAGGUCCUGGCCAUCUCAGACCUCGUCAUCUAUCGAACUCAUGCAGACCGACUGCACAAUGACCUCUUCAAGUUCCUUGGGGACGCCUCAGAAGCUUAUGUGAAGCACUUCACCAGGGAGCUCAAGGCUACCACUGCCCGCUGUGGCCUGGAUGUCCCCCUGUCCACCCUGGGCCCUGCUGUUAUCAUUUUCCACGAGACUGUGCACACUCAGCUGCUAGGCUCUGAUCACCCCUCCGAGGUGCCCGAGAAGCUCAUCCAGGACCGGUUCCGGAAGCUGGGCCACUUCCCUGAAGCCUUCAGUUCUAUUCAUUACAAGGGAACGAGGACAUACAAUCCUCCCACACACUCUUCUGGUCUUUGGCGUGCUUUGGAGCAACAACUAGAGAAUAAUACCAAUUCUCCCCGGCACCCGGGGAUCAUCUUCAAAGCUCUGAAGGCCCUCAGCGACCACUUCAGCGGUGAGAUUCCCGAUGACCAGAUGGCACACAGCUCCUUUUUUCCAUAUGAGCACUUCACCUGCUCCGUCCUGUGCCUCAGCUGCGGGGCUGUAUGUAAGAACAGCAUGAAUCACGGGAAACAAGGAGUACCUCAUGAAGCCAACAGCUGCUGCAGAUACUCUCACCAGUAUGACAACCGGGUUUUUACCUGCAAGGCCUGCUACGAGAGAGGCAAUGAAGUCAGCGUGGUGCCCAAGAUGGCUGCUUCAACCGACUCCCCCUGGAUGGGUCUCGCAAAAUAUGCCUGGUCUGGGUACGUAAUCGAAUGUCCCAACUGCGGCGUGGUCUAUUGUAGCCGGCAGUACUGGUUUGGGAACCAAUAUCCUGUGGAUACAGUGGUGCGGACAGAGACUGUGCACGUGUGGCCUGGAACUGAUGGAUUUCUGAAGGACAACAACAACGCUGCCCAGCGCCUCUUGGAUGGGAUGAACUUCAUGGCUCAGGCGGUGUCUGAGCUUAGCCUUGGGCCCACCAAGGCUGUGAUGUCCUGGCUGACAGACCAGAUCGCCCCUGCCUACUGGAGGCCCAACUCCCAGAUCCUGAGCUGCAACAAGUGUGCUACAUCCUUUAAAGAUAAUGACACCAAGCAUCACUGCCGGGCCUGUGGGGAGGGUUUCUGUGACAGCUGUUCAUCCACGACCCGGCCAGUGCCGGAGCGGGGCUGGGGCCCUGCGCCCGUGCGGGUAUGUGACAACUGCUAUGAAGCCAGGAAUUCCCAGUUAGAUGUUACUGAGGCACAGGCAGACGAUGAGGGCGGGACGCUGAUUGCUCGGAAGGUGGGCAAGUCCAUGCAGAACACUCUGGGAGCCGUGGUGACAGCCAGUGACAUACCACUAGGUCUGGUGAAGGAUGCGGCCAGGCCGGCGUACUGGGUACCAGACCAUGAGAUCCUGCACUGCCACAAUUCCCAGAAGGAGUUCAGCGUCAAGCUUUCCAAGUACCACUGCUGGGCCUGCAGACAGGGCUUCUGUGAUGAGUGUUCCCAUGACUGCCGGGCUGUCCCCUCUCGAGGCUGGGACCAUCCUGUCCGAGUCUGCUUUAACUGCAAUAAAAAGCCUGGUGACCUUUAA